AUGCAGGUUCCUAAUCCAAUGCUUAACAUCCAGGGCCACCACCACUUGCCACCACCGCGCACAGGCCGCGCCCAGCAUGCGCCCACGCUGCCGAGCUGCCAGGCCCGCACGUCAUGCCACCAGCUCCUGCCUGCAGCGCGCAAGCUCUGCCCGCGCCUUUCCCUGCUGGCUCCACCCACGCGCUCCGCCGCGACCCGCACAGCGCCUUCGCACCGCCCCCGCACGCAGCAGCACGCAGCACACAUCCCCACCGCCAGGAACUCGUCGCUCGCCUUGCUGCUAAGCCAGCCUCGCGCCGCCGCCAAUCGAGCUCACUCUGCACCUGCAUUCCUCUCGCACGGCAACCGUCCGCCCCAAGCGGUAUCUCUGCUAGCCUCCGCCCGGUACAAGCCUCGAGAGGAGUACAUCAAGGGAGGCCCAACACCGGACAUGGAAGGAGAAGGAGGCCACAGCCCAGGGCCGGCACUGCCACCCCAGACAAGCCGGCACUACCGCUGCGCACACCCCGACAUUGCUGGCCAAGGCACCCCGGCAGUGCCGCCCGGAGCACCCUGGCACUACCGGCCAGGACACCCCGACACUGCCGGCCGAAGCACCCCGGCACUGCCGGCCCAGGUACCCCCGCACUGCCGCCUGAAGCCCCCGACGCCUAGAACAGCAAGGGCCGACACUGCUGCCCUGAACACCCCGGCACUGCCGACCCCACCAAAGUCAACUUCAUCAGAACCGUCCAAUUUAAUCAUGUGGCUGUGUUUAUUUCGCAAAUGA